CUAAUAUUCUCUGUACGUAUGGUAUGAUGCACUUUAUCAAAUGUCGGCGAAGAGAUGCCAUUGCCAUGGGAGCGGUUGCAUGUGUCUAGCCAAUUGGGGCCGUAUAUUCGGUGGCCCUGAAUGACGAUAAGGAUCUUCUAGUUUAGCCUUUAGGGAAAGUUCAGGAAUCAAAUGGCCGUCGGUGUAUACAAAUGGCGACGGCGAAAGACAUUAAGUCAAAUAGCCUGUAGCAUGUAGCUCCAAAUUCCUUAGCAUUCCGUUCGGACCACCAACGAGAGUUACCUCCGAUCCCCCUAGUUUUAGUAGGGGUGAAAGCUUGUCCUGGAAGACCCAAUGACCCGUCCCGACCCGUCCCGUCUCUAAGGGUCAGGACGAGUCAGUUUGUCUACAGGGACAGAUUAGGGACGGGCCAUUUGUUGACCCCUAUAAGGGUCGGGACGGGUCGGGACAACUUAGGGACGGGUCACGUUUUGACCCUGUGACCCUUAGCAACAAUAAAUAUCUCAUACUUCGUUGGACCUUUUUGUAAAGUUUUAAAAGUUUAGGUACUAAUUUGUAAAAAUAAAAAAAUUUGGGUACCAAAACGUAAUUUUACCAUCAAAAUUUAUGGACUUAUUUGUAAAAAAAUUAAAAUUUAGGUAUUAAAUUGUAAGAAAAAAUAAUUUUGGGUACCAAAAUGUAAUUUGUAAAAAAGUAGUGUGUUGAUUAGGGUCGACCCACUGACCCGGCCCGUCCCGUCCCGUCCCAACCCUUGAGGAUCAGACAGGGUCAAGAAGGAGACAGGGACGGGACGAGACGGUUAUACAUCUUGACCCUUCAGGGACGGGUCAGACAGGGACAGGGACGGGACAGGCAAAUUUUCAGCCCUAAGUUUUAGUGGUAGACUUUUAAGUUUUAACUCUUGAAAUUAAAGUUUGUUGUAUGUUUGAAUCUCCAUUACUCUUUAUAAAGUAGAUCAGAUACCUCAUUAAUUACAAUAGAAUUUGAAAUAGAGAACACAAUUAAUCGUAUCGACGUGAGUCUGUGGCGAUGACUGAACUCGCUAACUAAGAAGAUCGACUACAUAAGUGACAUCCGAAAAAGACAGCAUGAUUAGAAACUGGUGACGAGGCGUAACAACGCAGUUGAUAAUUCUGCUCAACCGGAGUUGCAACCUGAUGUGUAGCGCCUAAAGUCUGAUCUCAACCAAUAUGUCUAAACAAGUGAAGGAAUUGCUUAAUACGUCCAAGUCAAGGAAUUGAUUCCUUCUAUCCUUGUUGUUGCCGGUAAUUUAGGGAUUUUCAUAACCGGAAAAUUGACAUGUUUUUUUCCACCCUCAAUCGUAUUAAUAUGGUAUCUAAAGGAACAAUACAUGAUAUCAAACAAAAACAAAAAAAAACAUAUAAGAUGGGAGAAGGAAUCAAUCAUAAAUAGGAGCCAGAGGUCCAUAAGACUCUUCUACGUACUCCAACCCCAUGCAUGCAUCCAACGAACCGCCUCUGCGCGUUUUGCACGUGCAAGGAAAGGCAAACCCUUCUUCUCUCCGUACACCAUAUUGCUUCUUCGUGCACUAUAAGAGCAACCAAAACUCCAAAAAGAAUGGAAACAAUAGAGAGAGAGAGAGUAAAAGGAUUCUGCUCUUCACGAUGUGGCGAGUGGCAGCGGCCGGUUGUGGCGGCCGUAAUGAUUCUGCAGGCACGUCCCUCGAUCCAGCACAUGAUUGUUUCUGUUGAAAACGAGUUGAGAGGGAGAAACCUGAUUGUUCAUUGUCGAUCCAAAGACGACGACUUUGGAGCCAACCUCGUUGAUGUGGGUUCUCGUUUUGAAUGGAGUUUCGAGCAGGAUGUUUUUGGGAAGACGCUCUAUUGGUGCAAGCUGGCCGUGCGAGAUAGACGUCUUGCUUUCAACGCAUAUGAGGGGUCAGCUGACUACCUUCACGGUCAUGAUGUUUCGUGGCUCGUCAGGGAGGAUGGGAUUCAUCUAGUGGAUCCUCAUGGUAACAUAGUAGGAUUCUAUCGACGGGAGUGGAACCACCCAUUAGCUCUAAGUUAAAGGUUGUCGACCCGCAGGUUGACGUUUCAGUUGACGUGAAUUAACGCUGAUCAUGUGAGGAAAAAGAUUGCCACAUCCUCGGUUCGACCCGUAGUAAGGUUUUAACGGUUGAAGGUCACACAACGUCUUCUUCUUCUUUGGUUUACCAAUUGGGUCUCUUUUCUGAUUUUCACCUCGCCUAAUGCUAUAUUUGAAAUUCUGAGUUGAACUUUUGAAUACUGAUGUUAUAUGUGUGUGUUUGAAUUUUCACUAUAUUUUGGAUCUAACUACGAACUGUUAUUUUGUUGUAAUGUUAAAUGUUAUUACCAAUUUUUUAGCUGAGAUUUUAUAUGGUUUAUAAAUGUAUGAACAAUUGUAUAAUUUUUUUCAUAUAUCCGAAUCAAACCGGGCUAAAAUGAUCGGACUUCUAACCCUCAACCCACCUGUUCAACUAGGCCAACGGAUCUAACCCACCUGUUCUACGUAUGAUGGCUCCGAAUAGUUGUUUUCAUGUUCGAUUUGUAGAUCGGAUUAGCCAAAGGGUAGCACAUCUUGUGGUUCGGAAUGCCCUUUUUUGCCUACGACUUCGUAUCGAUUGUAUGAUUUAAAGGAAUGGUACUUCAUUUUGGGCCAUGCGGGCCUGGAUGCUGCAUACAAUGGGCCUUUCUUAUUGUUUGAUAUUUAGGAGACUUUGAAGGAGUGGAGGUGCCUACACUGCCCUCGGUUGAGGUCGUGAUUGACAUAGGCAGUUGGCAUUACAAAUCACAACCAAGGUUUAAAUUCCAUCAUUAUGAUACUAGCUUCAACCCCUGCCCUUUGGGCAUGUAGCUUUUUCGUUUAUUAUGUAUAUGUAUAAUCUUUUUAUUAAAGUAACAAAUUUUCUAAAAUCACAUAGAUAAUCUGUAAAAAACGUCAAAUAGAUUCAUCAAAAGUUUUUAAUAUCUCUUAUUAAAUUAGAACACAAAACUCACCUCCUUGAGAUACCUAAAAAGGAGAGAAAACAUGCAUCUCAUUUUUCAGUAAAUAGUGGAAUGUGCAUUCAUCUUAAUGAUGAUUCAAAGAAAAAUAUGGUGGGCAUAUCAUAUUAUCUUGCAACUUAUACUUUAGUCAAUUUAUGGAAUUGCAUACGAUGCUUAAUCCUACCGUCUAGAGUUAAGAGUUAUUUAACAACAGACAUCUAGCAAGUGAAAAUCCAACUGAUGUGGUAGAUUAGAAAUCUCGAAGAAAGUUAGAUUGAGUCUUUAAAUAAAAAUGAUGUUAUAAAAAAAUUGUCAAGUGUUGAGAAUGAGCGAGAUUAUGUGCAUGAGAGAAAAUUUUGAGGGGAUGGAAAGGUUCUUUGACUUAUGUGGAUAGGCUAAGUUUUGUAGAAAGUUCACUCGGUACUUGGUAACACAAAUAUUUAUUAGAAUAAUUUAGAAAAUAUAUUAUUAUUAUUUGAAUGAGUAAAUCAUUAUAAUUAUGAUUAACUAAUUAUCAUAAAAAAAUAUUAAUAAAUUAUCCAACAAUUUCUCUCUCAUCUCUCACGGAACCAAAAGAAAGGGAGAGAAAAAAAAAACAAAGAAAAGGGGUCGCACUGUGGAAGCAAAAUUCUUAAAAGGAAAGAAGCCCUGUCCAAAUAAUUGGCAGUUAGCAAACGGAGAAGAGAAACAAAAUUAAAAGAAAAGAACAAAAAGAUCAAAAGAAACCGUUCGGAAGAGGGAAACAUUAAAAGAAAAUGAAAAUUCAGUAAUCACCGAGAAGAGCGGAGAAGCCAGCGAGGCUGACGUGGAGAGGAGUCCGGAUCUGGUGACUAAGGGGGGGUGCUUAGUCACUUGGCUAAGCCCCCCUCAGCCUUUAGAUUAAUCUAAUGGUCCAGAUAAAGUGUUCAAUUAUUA